AUGGCCUCUGAUCCGCCUUCGCUGAAGAGACUGCAGCAGCCGCAGCGAAAUGGAGCCGGCGCACGCCAGGACGCGGCAACACAUCUCGAGGUCGUGAUCGUGCCGGAUCAGGAACUAUGGCGAGCCAGGCGCAGCCACGACAAGCACCGGCAGACCACCUCCGUGCCUGAUCUUUUGCAGCGAGAAACGCCGCAAGCGACAGUCUAUGAGUAUUCCGGGACACAUGGUCGCGAGAGCAUAUCAAUUUGGCACGCCCUGGAAGGUGCCGGCGAGACGCUGGCUGCUGCACUCGCCGCUCUCGACUACAGUUCUGGCAUCCGACCCCUGGGUUUCGUGGCUAGUGGGUUCGGCGGCUGCGUUGUCAAGAAGGCCGUGCACAAAUUGGGAGCUUCGAACCUGGCUUUCAUUGUCUUUCUGGGUGCUCCUCAUGUAACGAACUCGCGUGACCUGUGGCCGAAGCUCGACGGCCUCCUCCGGGCCUAUGGCUAUAACAAGUCGUACCUUAAGAAGACCGAAGACUUCAUUCCCUGCGUAGCCGGCUUGUGCACCAAUUUCGAAAAGAUGCACAUCGAAGAGGGAAUUCUCAGUGUUUGUGAGACACUGCCAACCAGCGUGGGGUUCUGGAAGAAGUCAUUGGUGAGCAACAUGUCCGUGACGGUGGACAGAAAUGAAGGUUUCAAGAACGUGGACGGUGAUUUACCGAUUCCCACAAAGUACGUAUAA